ACAGCAUCGCUGAGAGCCAGCCGACACACACACGCACACACGCGCAAACACGCGCUUUAUCGUGACGUAAACAAACCGUUGUUUUUAAUCAUUCAACUUAAAACAAAAGAUGGAUUAAUAAUAUUAAUAAUUACGCAAGUCGUCGCGGUUGUUAGGCAGCGUUUCACCGGCGACGUCGUUACACGCGGUCACGCGCGUCGUCGUUUUUUUUUAUAACAUCGCCGAAGAGCCAUGAACGCGCCGCUCGGGAGGACCGGGCUCAUCGGGCUCGCGCUCGGAGCCACGGCCGGCUGCGGCCUGAUCGCCCUCCUCAUCUACCGGGAGAUCAGCAGGAGGAGGUCCCGGUGCCUCGCGCUGGAGGCCCGGCGGCCGGUGGCGAAGCUGCUGCUGCGCGAGACGCUGGAUGCUCAGGAGGUGGAGGCGCAGCAGGAGGCCGUGGCGGCCGUGGUGGCGGCGGCGGUGCGCGGCCUGACCCCGGAGCAGCAGCUGGAGCUCCGGAACCAGCUGGACCAGGUGCUGAGCUGCGUGUCCUCGCUGAGGGGAGAGGUGGCCGAGCUGAGGGGGGGGCUGCAGGACAUCGCCACGCAGAUCAUCCAGGACGUCAAAAAGGGAGUGGAGGACGGCCGGCGUGUGCGGCGGCGGCGCCCCGGCGUCCACAGGGAGCGCACCGACUCCAGCGGCUCCAGCUCCGUGUACUUCACGGCGAGCCAGGGAGCGGCGAGCGCCUACGAGACCAGCGAGGGAGGGUACUCGACGGCCUACGCGGAGUCGGAUUACACCGACCGCGACACGGACCGAGAGGAAGGCGAGCGGGAGCCGGAGCAGGAGUCUGAGGAAGAGGAGGAGGAGGAGGAGGAGGAGGACAUGAGCUGCGCCACGGUGCUCACCCUCCGAGAGGAAGAAGUGGAGGAGAGAGGGCUGCUGGAGGAGGAUGAGGAGAACGAGGAAGAGGAGGAGGGGAGGCUGCAGCUGCUCACUGGCGCCCCCAGUGGCGAGUUGGCGCUCCUGCUGGCUCAGAGCGACGUGCUCCACACCGGAGACGCCCGCCUAAUGGCCGACGGCCUCCAACUGCUGCUGGACAACAGAGCCGAGUACGGAGACAGCCGGGAUUUCCUCUGGAGACUCGCUCGGGCUUACAGCGACAUGUACGAGAGUACGGAGGACACAGAGGAGAAGAAGAGCUACGCACAACAAGGGCGAGAGGAGGCGGAGUCAGCGCUGAAGAAGAACGGCCUCAACGCAGAGUGUCACAAAUGGUUCGCGCUGCUGACCGGACUGACCUCCAAACACGAAAGCAUGCACGGGAAACUGAAGGGGAGCCACGUCGUCAAGGAGCACCUGGACCGAGCCAUCGCGCUCAGGGACGACGACCCCAUGUGUUUCUACCUGCUCGGCAGAUGGUGCCACCAGGUAGCCACUCUGGACUGGCUGGAGAAGAAGGCGGCGGCCGCCCUCUACCAGGCCCCGCCCACCUCCACCCUGCAAGACGCCCUGGAGAACUUCCUCAAGGCAGAGGAGCUGGGUCCAGGGUUCUCCAGGUCGGUGAGGCUCAACAUCGCCCAGUGUCACAAGGAGCUGGGAAACAUGUCGGAGGCCACAACCUGGACCGAGCUGGCUCUGAACACACCCGCCAGUUCUGAUGAUGAUAAACUGUGUAAACUGGACCUUCUGAAAACCUGAAGAAACAUCCUCCUGAGAUCCAGCAGAGGGCGCCGCUCAGCCGGUGACCACCGAUUGGCUAGUCAGGCCGCCAAUCGGUGGUCAUCCAAUCGAAUCUAAUUUUCCUUCCCCUUCAUUGGUGGAUACCUUUCUCACUGUCACUGUGAAAUAUAGAGAUUUUAAUUGAUGGACAUUUAUUUUCUUUAUUAAUUGAGAAAAUACCGCUAAAAGUUCUAUAUAUCAUGAAGUUUUAUGUUAUCUUUAUUGUUUUCUAACAAUUUGAUUUAAAAGUAAAUUACACUUUAUUAAUGUAGAUGUAAUUAUCUAUUUAAGUGGUUUCGGUUGGAGCUUAAUUUAAAAAUAAUAAUAUAUAAUUUUAUAUAUUAUUUUAUAUAUAUUUAUAUAUAUUAAAAAGACAUUUGUUAUAUAUAUAAAUAAAAAAGUAUAUAUAUAUCAAAUUAAGCCCCAACUUACAUAGAUAAUGUAGAUGUACUGGACCAUUCUUUGUUUUGGUUGUGAUAUUUUUAAAAAACUUUAUUUGAACUUUUACUGCCUUUAAACAUUUGAGUGUUUUUACAUUUCAAGUUUCCCGAAGUUGAACGUCAAGCACCAGGUUUUUACUUUGAUCCAACGUCACUUCUAAUUUAUUCUUGACGAGCUUCAGUCAACUAACUGUAUUAACCAGCACUGAUUAAAAACAACUUAUCUUUU